AUGAACACCCGAUUAGGCCGACAACUCCAACCCCCCACCCCAAAAACCCCCGGAAGCGGAGCCGUCUCAAAGAACCCCCAUGACACGCGUUCCAGAUCCAGCAAAGAACCCAUCACGCCCCCCUCCAAACCAACAGACAAGAAGAUCAAAGCCGGCAAAAUCAAGAAGAGCAAGCAAAAACAAAAACAAGUAUCCUCCGUCUCCUCAAUCCAAAAACACAUGACGCCUGUGAGCGAGCGAAAAUUCAGAACAGGAGACGCACGGCAAGCGCAUGAGAGACGACAGGCUCAAGCCGCUCAAGCAGCGUUGGGAGCGCCUGUGUUUACGAAGCCGGCUGUGGCGACGCCCGGGUUGACGUAUGUGCAUCGGGCGUGUGAGCAUGAGGUUGAUUUGAUCAAUAUGAUGAGCACGAGUAAUAUUACUAGUGACGCCAGUAAUGUAGUUGCGAGUGGACGACCGCGUGUGAUGUUGAUUCUAGAGCCGCGAUGGUGUCAAGUAUGUGUUCGUGCAAGAGCAGUGUCGAUCCAGCAGGGCUGGGAGGAGGCGAGGACGAAUGAGAUUCCGCUUGAGCAUCCGGAUGUGGUGCAUCGGGUUAUGAAGGAGAGGUCGAGAGAGGAGGGGAUUUGUCGGGGGAGGAUCCAGGCGCUUGUUACUCCACUGGCUGAUUAUGCGGGGAGGACUUCGCAGCAGGCGUUUGCGAGGAUUGGGGUUGUGUCAACGAGGGACAGGAUGGUGAGGGAUGGGAUGGGUGAGAGUCAGAUCCAGAUGCAGAGAUUCGUUGAGUUGCAUAGGGCGUUCGAGGAAGGGGUUGCUGAAGGUCGUGCCCUGCAGGCGGAGCAAGAAAAGUCUGCUCUGGAAAUCCAGAAUCCGACUGGGAGGAGUACGAUGUUGGAGCUUUGUGGAUUGUAA